AUGGCGGCCUCUACUUCAAACGUGUCUCCAGCCAAAUCCUACGAGCUUCGCCUCGUCGACGACAAACCCUACGUCCCAAAACCCCUAUUUGCUGAUGAAAAAGCCAAAAAUAUGGCAAUCUUAGGUCUGCUACCUGUUGAUGCUCCUUCUGAAAUUUAUACGACUGAUGAAGGCGCCUUCUUCCCCACUAGCAAAGACUCCAGACUGUUGAUAACCUCUCCAAAACCUUUCUCCUUGCGUUUUUAUGAUAGGAACUUUCGAACGGCUCCUCCAUUGAGAUGCCCCAAGUUCGCUGCUUGGAUGGCUCGUUUGAAACCCAGCAAGGGCAAACUGUGGGAAGACCUAGGUAUCGACACCCUCCUAAAUAUGUCGCAAGAAGGUAUCUCUUACUCUCACAUCAUGUUGACAACCGCACUCUUCUUUUGGGAAGGUUCGACGAACACUUUCCAUACUGGCUGUGGCAUGAUUACCCCCACCCUCUUGGAUGUUGCUGCCAUUACUGGUCUAAAACCGGCUGGUCCCGUGUUUAACCAUGUGGACGUCGAAGUAGUCCCUGUGAAAUUCGAUGUUGGCGAGACUAAAAACCCAAAAUUUAAUAACUUCCUCACUCAUCAUCACAAAGAUACUCCUGAUAUCAGUGAUGAAGAGCAUGUUGCUUUCCUUACAUACUGGUUGUCAAGGUGUAUUUUCUGUUCUAGGUAUAUGCAGGUGGCGAAGCAAUUUGUCUAUCUGGCCAGUCAUCUACACAACGGUGAGGGCGUCGCUUUGAGACAACUGAUAUUGGCUAACCUUUACAUGUCUCUGACGAACGUGGCUUGA